AUGCUGCAAGGAGUUGCAAAUUCACCCGAAGCAUACAACAAGGACAUCUGGGAGCACAUGAAGUUUUUGGGCAAGAAGUGCACUAGGAAGGAAGUGACGGACAUUGUUUGGGAAGUGGACGAGAACUUGGAUGGCUUGGUAGACUGGGACGAGUUUAAGCUCAUGUUCUUCCGAAACAUUAACGACCACACGGGUCUUGAACCGGCAAAGCUGUACAACAUGGUGCAGUUCAUGCUGUACGACGUGGACAACAACGUCAAUGUGUCCGUGGACGAGACCAUGAAUAUGCUCUACGCCAGGUAUGGGCGAACCAAGAUGGAAGCGAAGCUGAAGGAACUAUUCGGGGAAGGUAUGCGAGAGACGGGGACGCAGGGCGGUGAAAUAGGUUUCUUGGAGUACUUGGAAGCCGUGGAGAGGACGCAGCUCAAUACCUUCGUACAGUCUUCCGUUGGGCGCGCGCAGCUAGCGAAGACAGGCCUUUACCAGACACAGCAAGAGAGUCACUAAGAAGGCUGCUGCUGCUCUGUUGUAAAGAGAAAGGAUGACAUCAUCCAUGAUAUUGAGCAAGG